AUGAAAAAUGUCGUAGUUGUGGGAGCCGGUCCUUGCGGUCUGGUGGUCCUGAAAGAGAUGAUCGAGCAAGGACAUGAGGCAACACUGCUCGAGCGAUCUGGAGAAUUAGGAGGAGUCUUUGCCACUGCCGCUGCAUACCUAAAUCUUCACCUCACCAAUUGGGCGAUGGCCUUUUCUGAUUUCCCUGAUCCGACCAUGCUACGAUAUUCGACAGCCGACGAAUACCUACAUUACCUGCAAGAUUAUUCGCGACAUUUCGGGCUUGAGAAUCACAUCAGAUAUCACUCCGAAGUCUGCGACGCAACCUUGACUGACGAUGGCUUGUGGUUGUUGCGAAUCAGGCGAAUGAGCGGGACAGAACAAAGCGUGAAGGCGGAUGCUCUUAUCGUUGCCACCGGUGCAAACCAGCUACCCAAUCCGAUACCACCAGGGCUGGUUGGUUUCGACGGACCGCGAGUGAUACAUUCUUCUGAGUACAACGAUGCGUUCAAGAAAGAGGUGGAGGAGCAAAAUCUCAAAGUGUUGGUCGUUGGUGGUGGUGAAAGUGGUGCCGACAUUGCAGCAGAGCUGGGUGACUUGUCGCCUAAUGUCACUGUUUGGCUUCGUCGCCCAAUCUGUGUCGGACCUCGUUACCUCAACGACAAAAGCGAGAUGCAGCAGAUCUUGAAGAACAAGAAGGCCGACUUUCCUGCCAACGGCUUCCUUGAGGCUGCGACAACAAAUCGAAUGAGUGCUGCACAGAACGUGUACGCCUACGGCUUCUUCCGCGGAAUCCUCUGGCAUACACCCGUGCUUAAUGGUACGCUCGCACGUAUGUGCUUGGACACUUGCAAAUAUGCUUUCUUCCGCAACGAUCAAGCCACUUAUGUGACGAAAAACCAACGUAUGUGUGAAGCAUUGCAUGAGAAGAAGAUUGAAGCUGUGGUGUGCCCGACAAUUUCCGCCAAAGGACGAUGGUGCCAAUUUCAGAUGUCGGAUGGCACAACGAAACAGCGCCAAUUCGAUGCGGUUGUGCUUUGCACUGGUUUCCGCGCAAAGUCCCCCUGGAUCCAUCUGCUUGACAACACCAGCUUGUCGUCCAACCCACGUUUAUGGUUCCUGCAUUGCUUUCCAGAAAAGUUGAGCCACUGCCUAUUUUUCGUGGGCUUUGCAAGACCUCAUCAAGGAGGCAUUCCAGUGAUGGCCGAGAUGUUGAGCAGAUACAUUGCGUUGCUGUUGUGUGGCAAGAGGACCCUUCCUAUUGACUACGCGACUCGGGCACGAGACGACGAAGAAGCCGAGCGCGAGUACUACUCGUUGAGUCCUAACCUCCACACCCUCGUUGACUACAACGCCUUUCUGGAAAGUGUCGCACGUCGCAUCGGCUGCGAACCUCGCUUGCCCCUGGCGUGCGUUGUACUCUUCAACAUCCACAUGUUGAGUGUUGUGUUGUUAGGCCUCCAGUGCUUCAACUUCUCAUCAAGCUUGAUUUGGUGGAAACUCCGGUACCAAUUGUUGCUAUGGGCAGGGUCGAUGCUUGGAUUAUUUUUGUAUCACGACGGGCUUCUGAUCAAGUGGUGGUUCUAUCCGCAUUGGGCAACAUGGUAUCGUCAACGUGGCCCAGUUGCAAGACCAGACCUGCUGGAAACCAUGAUGAAAGGAGUCAAUUUGUGGAAGUCGACAGCGAUAACCCGAGGAUUCGUUCUGCUUGUUCUUUGGUCAGUUCCGAUGUUUUAUGCGCAACGACUGCUUUCGACCUUCCUGUUUGCAGCACAUGGGAUCUUGGUAGCAACUGGGUUUCGCGUCAAUGCACGCUGGGGCGCUCUACUGCGUCCCAAGCUCUUCUCAUUGCACAAUACCCUUUGGCGAGUCUCUGACUUGUUCUUACCAUAACACCUCGCAGCUGCAGCGGAUGGAAAUGUCCAGAUAAUACUUAGGGCAUUCGGGGUCAUCGGCGCAUGGAAAGUCUUUCGAUACUAAGUAGUACGCACAAAAGAGAC